AAUCGGUUCGAUGACAGAUUUUUGACAGAUGUAUGUUUAUUUUCUUAAACAUAUUUUUACUACAUUCGAAAUAUUUAUUUGCAUUUUUAAUUGAGCAAAAAUGAAAAUACUUUGUGCUGCAUCAGCAUGUAAAUAUUCAUCAGAAAAUGAAGAUUCAUCUGAUAUAAUAUUUGUUAGUUUUCCCAACGAUGAUUCGGCACCAAUAUGGGCACAUAUUUGUGGACGUCCUGAUUUAUUGAUAAAAACAAAUGAAGAAUUACAUAUGAAUUAUUACAUUUGUUCAAAUCACAUUGAAGAUCGAUAUUUUAUAAGCAAACGUGAUAAUUUUAUAAGACAAGGUGCUGUACCAACAUUAUUUACACAACAUGAUAAUAAUAAUGUUAUUGGUUCAACUGAAUUAAAUCAAGGUGAUACAAAUUAUAUUGAUACAAUUAAUAAUUAUGAAAAUGUAAUGUAUACAACAAAUUUUUGUGAUAUAAAUGUUGAUAAUUUUCAUGAUUUAUCAUCAAAAUUUAUAAAUUAUUGUCGUAUUUGUGGUGACAAUAAUAUUGAUGGUAUUGAUAUAUUAACAGACAAAGGUAUUGAAUUAAAAUUACAAGAAAAAAUACAUUUAAAUUUACCAAUAAUUAUUGAUGAUGAUAAUAAUUUAUUACCACAAAAAAUAUGUAAUAAUUGUUAUGAUAGCUUAGAAAUAUCACAUUCAUUGCUAAUUAAUUGUUUAAAAACAGAUAUUAGAUUACGUAAAUAUUUAAAUUUACCUAAAAAAAUUGAUAAUUAUAAUAAAUAUCAAUCAUUGAUAACAAAAUAUACAUACGAAAUUGAUAAUGAAAUAUUACAUGAUACAACAGCUGAUGUUACAACAAAUAACAAGUUAAUAGAAACAACAAGUAUUACAAAUGAUUGCUAUGAUAAUAAUACAAUAAAAAAUUGUACUAAAAUAGAUGAUGAACCAGACAUAAAUAAUUUAUUAUUACAUCAAUUGAAUGAUGAAAAUUUUGAAAAUGUUUUAAAUAAUUCAGUUGUAUCAGAUAGUGAAAAUAAUGAAACUAUAAAUUAUUUGCCGAUCAAUAAUGAUGAUGAUAAUUUUCAAGCAGCAUGUGAUAAUGAACAAGUAUUAAUAUUAACAAAAAGUAAAUCACCAAUACCAAUAUUUGAUGAAAACAAUGACGUAAAUUAUAAUAAUAAAAAUGAUGAUUGUAAUGAGUCAUUUGAAACAGUUGAAAGUAGUUUAGAUAUUCAUAAGAAAAAUAAUAAUAUAAAAAUAAAUUUGGUUGUAUUAAAACGUCGAUGUGGCCAUUGUUCAAUGCCAUUUACAACAAAAAAAGAAUUACAAAAUCAUAUAGGUGAAAAACAUUGUGAUAAAAAAAUACUAUUUAAAUGUAGUAUUUGUGAUAAAAAUUAUGAAAAAUGGUCAAGCCUAGAUGUACAUGAGGCAACACAUCGUCAGGAUAAACCAUAUUUGUGUGAUCUUUGCGGUAAAAGUUUUAAGCAUUCAAAUAAUUUACGAGGUCACAAAAGAACUCAUCUUGAUGUAUCAAAAAAGAAAAAAUAUAAUUGUGAAAUUUGUUCAAGUACAUUUAGAUCAAGAUUUCAUUUGAAUGAACACAUUAAUCAGCACAAUGGAUCAACACCAUACAAUUGUGAAGAAUGUGGUAAAGCAUUUUCAAAAAGAAUUCAAUUACGACAACAUAAACAAUCACAUGGUAUUAAUAAAUAUACUUGUCCAAUAUGUAACUCUACAUUUAGUCGUCGUGGUAAUAUGAAUAGCCAUAUUAAAAGACACAAUAAUUCAACUGGAAUGUAUAAAUGCAGUGUAUGUGAUUGUCAAUUCAAAACAAUGAGUGAUAUAAAAAAACAUCGUAAACAACAUACUAAAAAUGAAAUAUUUGAAAGUAUUAAAAAAAAAAAUAUCAACAAACCAAUACAUCAAUGUAAUAUUUGUUUACGUAUAUUUACAAAAUAUACAUUAUUAUUAAAUCAUGAACGUAUACAUAAUGGUGAACAAAUAAAAUUUGAAUGUGAUAAAUGUGGUAAAAAAUUAUCAAGUAAAAAUUCAUUAAAAUAUCAUAUACGUUCAGUUCAUACAACUGAAAGACCACAUAUCUGUCAAUAUUGUGAUGAUUCAUUUGUAUCAAAAUAUUCAAAAUUAAUACAUGAAAGAGUACAUACUGGUGAACGUCCAUAUGCAUGUAAUAAUUGUGAUAUGCGUUAUAGAAGUUCAAGUAAUCUUAGUCAACAUAUGAAAUUACAUUUAAAUGAACGUCCUCAUAUUUGUCAAUAUUGUUCAAAAAAUUUUACAAGAAAAUGUGCAUUAAUUGAUCAUGAACGUACACAUACAGGUAUUAAACCACAUUUAUGUUUAAUAUGUGGUAAAAAGUUUAGUCAAAAAAAUGAUUUAACAAAACAUUGUAAAAUUCAUUAUAAUAAAUUAUUAAAAUGUGAAAAAUGUAAUGAAAUAUUUUUAAAUAAGACUGAUAUAUUAAAACAUUUAGAAAAUAAUCAUUUAGAUAAUGCAAUUAAAAAAACAUUUAUAAAUCAUGAACAAAUUGAAAAUUAUACUGUAAAUAAUUUAGAUAUUAAUAGCACUGUUGAUUUAAGUAAUUUAGAUAUUUUAUAAUUUAUUUAUUUUUCACGUUAUCAGUAUUUAUAAAUUUGUAAAUUAAAAAUCAAACAUUUUAAGUAUUUAUUUAUUGUAGUAAGCAAUAUUUUACUUUAGAUUUUUAAUAAAUUAUUAUAUUUUUAUGUUGAAUAUUAGUUAAAGUGAAUUUAUUUUUAAUUAGAGAAUUUGUAUCAACGAAACAUGGAAAUUUUAUAAUCAUAUGGAUGAAUGAGACAAUGAAUUUUUUUUAAAAUGAUCUUCGAACCAUGAUUUGAAUUUUUUUUAAUUUCAUUAAAAAUAAAAAUUUGGGGUUUUCAAGAAGGUCAUGAACUUGUAUUGUCCCAGCGCGUUUAGCGAAAAUUUAUAGCUGUUAAUUAAGCUUAAAAAAAUUAUACAUUCGUAAAAAUAUAUUUGCAUGUGCAUAUCGUUAUUUAAAGUCAUGACUUCAUUACUUUUCGGCAGUUUUAUAUCAACCAUUUGUAUAGACUAAGUUCUCUAUCAGUAAAAAAUUUUAUAUUUUGUGUUUUAUAUAUAAAAAAAAAAAAAAAGAAAAAA